AAUCAAUUCCACAACUUUUAGGUGUAAUUGGCAUAGGGGAGAACUGUGGCCCACAGAAAACAAACACUACUGAAUGCUUAGGUCGGGAGAUGCAAUCGAUAGAUUGAUUCCACAGGCUUCAACCUGGAACCUGCAAGCUAGUUGGAUCUUUCCCAAUUUCCAGCUUAUUCGAGUUUGUUAAAAGUCGGUGUAACUUGUAAAAUUGGACAUAGUAACUACUUUUGGCAAAGACCAACAAAGAAGAACCUUGAAAAGAAGUUUGGAGGAAAUUAUCACAAGGGGAACUAAAGCCACCGAAGAACCGAUAAUUUUCUGGUUGAUGUUUGAAGUUUGUGAUCUAAAUGUGAUCUCCAUGAAGAAAUUUAGAUGCUUUCUGAUUACUACCAACAGUGUUUGAUACUCAUAUCAGCAGGCACUUCUCGUCUGUUUUAUUUGUCCGCGUAAUGGGUGAAAUUUCCGGCAAAAUGUUCAUUGGACGGCUCGUUUAACGUAAAUUUUAAUGGAUUUUUAACUAAUAGUGAAAAAUGGGGUGUAGACAAGCAAAAGUUGAAAAAGAUGUGGAAACUAAAGAAAAUUUUGACAAAUUGGAGGAAAAAACCUCCGUUCCUCAGGUAGAUCCACGACUUCCUAUCGAUGCUAGAGAGGCUUUUAAACUCAAACAAUCUUGGAAAGGCAUUAAGCGCAAGAUAGAGGAAACAGGUGUAGAAAUGUUUGUUAGACUCUUUAAAACCAACUCCAAUCUGAAGUACAUAUUCAAUAAAUUCACACAACUUGAAACCGAGGAUGAUAUGAGGGAAAACGAGGCCUUAGAACACCAUGCAACGUUCGUGAUGACAACGCUAGACGACGCCAUUACCCACAUAGAGAACUACAACUACGUCACAGACCACCUUCAUCGUACCGGGGCCACACAUCAACGAUUUCCUGACUUCAGUUCAGAAAACUUUGGGAAAAUCAAAGAGCCUUUUCUGGAAGCCGUGAAAAUUACGCUCGGAGAUCGUUAUACAGAUUACAUGGCAAACGUCUAUACUAAAACAAUCGACUUCAUCCUUAAUGCACUGAGUAAUGGAUAUCUCGACAAUAAUCAGUGUUAUGAACUUCAGUCCACAAAAUCGCCUAUAAAAAGUGAAACCGAUCAGGCUAACGGUGUUCCCUCGGACCAAAUAGUACCUAUCAUUGAAUCGGACCAAACUGUACCCACAAUUGAAAUAACCACACAAGCUGAAUAAUACAGCGAGUUUCCGUACAACCAAUGCAAUGGAUUCUUUUCUUGGCUUGAUAAAGGAAAUUUGAUUUGUCGGUGAAUGAAAGAUUUGAAUAAACAAUGAUUGUUAUUUCUAGGUAGUGGAAACGCAGAUAACUCUGUUGACUGCGUAUUUAUUUCACUCUGGAAAAAUACUCAAACUCUGGUAAAAUUCUUGAAGUUUCUUGUUCGUCAUGUGUAAAUAUAGACGUUUUAAAAUACGUAUGUACAAGUAUUUUUGUGUCUGCAGCAUGAUAUACAUUUUGUAAAUCGAUGUAUAAAAUGUCUUUUCUAAAAAAAAAAAAAAAAAAAAAAAAAAAAAAAAAAAAAAGUAGUACGUAUUACUUAUAUACAGGUACACAUUUACUUUACAUGUAGAUUCUUUUCAUAUUUCCGAUUGCGGUGGUUCGUUGGUUACAAUGUAGAACGUUCGCCUUGGAAUUAGUAGAUUCUGGGUUUCAUCACCGCAUAUACCUUAACUACGUCAAGUCUAAGAUGUAUAAUAAUGACAGCUCCUAUGCCAAGUUCAUUUAUUCUCGCAAAAUGACACGUGAGGACAAUACAUAUUCUUACCUAAAUAUGCAUAAAAUUGAUCAGAGGUACAAGAAAACAAAAGGUAAUCAUCAAUAUCAUGGGGCACAGUCUAAUUCAUUAACCGGUAUAAUAAACAUAAAGUAUUUAGAUAUGAGAGACGCUGAUCUUUCGGAUGAGACAGUGGAAACCAAUGUCCUUUGUCACGACGGUCCUUGGUGCAAUAGAGAAAGUCUUUAAGCGGUACAUAUCGCUAGUUUGAUAUACAUUGUACCAUAGUUCUAUCAAAGGCCCAUUGUAUAUACAUGUAGCACGUCCUGUCCGAACUACUUUUGAGAUCAUUUCCUCUUUAAUAUUCCUUAGUUUACUUUCCUGUUUAAGAAAUUGAAUCAUUUUCUUAAAAAAAUCUUUUCAACACUAUAUAUCAAAUUUAAAUCAUAAACUAACUAAUAUGUCUAUUGGUUUUAUCAAACAAAGGUUCAUAGGAAAAAUGAUAAAAUAUCUUAAUCUGAAAAGCGGUACUGUUUUA